UGGGAGCGUCUGGUGAAAGCUGCAGUGCACCGCGCUAUAUACAAUGCUGAACCACGAGCACUCUCUCCGUGUCUUGAAAACACGCGAACCACUAUUCUGAAGAGCAUCCGGCAGAUAGUGGAUGAGAAGAACCAAAAACAUGUCUGGCUGCAUGGUUUUCCAGGCUCAGGCAAAACAUCCAUCUUGUUCACGAUUGCAGACGAGCUACGGAGACAGGGACGUCUCGCAGGAACUUUCUUCUUCUCGCACAAUAGUGUGGAUACUACAAUGUGCGAUUAUAUCGUGCCAACUCUUGCCUACCAGUUGGCACUUGCGUUUCCUGCGGUGAAAAGCGAGAUCGUUAAAACCAUUGUUGAUGAUCCUGCAUUACUAUCAGAUCUCAAAGCUCGAAAGGAUCAGAUCCAAUGUCUCAUCACCAAACAUCUUUGGAGACUCCAAUUCAGGCCUCCUGUAGCAUUCAUCAUCGAUGCACUGGAUGAAUCCUGCUCCCCCGUCGAGGCUGUACGGGUGGCACGCUUACUAGCGGAAGCCAUACGCACAUGCAGGGUCCUUGGAGAGAAGCCGCUUGACGUCCACAUCAUUCUAGCUAGCCGUCCCAGCUUGCGCAUCGAUGAAGGAGCUCCUAAGCAAGGUUUCGGAGAUAUUCAAGAGCUUUCUUUGCAGGAUGAUGAUGGGGAAACGCACACAGACAUCCGUCGCUUCCUUGCGUACGGACUCCAGCGAGUCAUCGAUUCUCGUAAAUUUAGUCUCGGAGACGUACCGGAGUGGCCAUCUCCUUGUCAAAUGGAUAAUCUCGCUGUCAAGGUCGGGAACUCAUUUCUAUGCGCAUCCAUAGCGAUGAAAUAUAUUUCCCACCCGAAAAAAUAUCCUCCUUCGAGGUUGGAUGCGUUCCUUACGGCACCCGGUGCUACGGCAGACGCUUACGCUGACCUGGAUCACAUGUACCAGGAUAUCAUCAGGGAUAAUAGCACUUUGGUCAGACAUCUGAUCAAUAUCAUCAAUCUGGCACAACCGCUCUCACGUUCUCAACUCUUACGGUUUUUCCCUUCGGAUCAGAGCGAGGGGCUCAACCUUGCUCUAGAAGAAUUUUCAUCGAUUCUAGUCGUUUCACCCGAACAACCCGAGAUCCCCAUCCAACCUUAUCAUUCAUCACUAAUCGAGUUUUUCGCGGACCCAAUGCGCUGUCGUGCCCAUCACAUCGAGCCUACAAAGAUUCAUAGGGGUCUCGCACUCCAAUGUUUUGCGAUUCUACGUACACUCAAGGCAAACGUAUGCGAUCUCUCGGACCACACAACUAUGGCCGUCGAAGUCAGUCAGUUCUGGCAUAAACGAGACGCCAUGCUUCCUGAAAGCAUGCAAUAUGCUUGUCGUAACUGGGUGCACCAUCUGUCUCAUGGAAAUGUCGAUGGUAUACUUGUCUCCGCAUUAGAGAAAUUUCUCUCUAUGCACAUCCUGCAAUGGAUUGAGGUCUUGUGUCUCCUGGGAGAGCUCAGCGAUGCUCCAACAACUUUACGGAAAGCCCGCGCAGCGGUUGUCGGAUGGGCCCCGAAUAUGCGACAUCGUGAUUUUACACUGAUAAACAGGUCGCUUGAGACUGCAGAACAAAUGAUCAUCCUAUAUUUUGAUCCCAUCAGCCUGUUCCCCCUACAGGUUUAC